GCAGCACCGACCAACCAUCUCUUCUCAAGAUGACUAUCGGGCACAAUAACGCUCUUCCGGGGAAUCACUUUCGCAAGGACUGGCAGCGGCGGGUCAAGACCUGGUUUGACCAGCCAGGACGGAAACUUCGCCGCCGCAAUGCUCGCAAGACGAAGGCGGCUUCUCUUGGGGUCCGCCCGCUUGAUUUGCUUCGCCCUGCUGUUCGCGGGCAAACUGUCCGUUACAACAUCAAAGUUCGCGAGGGUCGCGGAUUCAGCCUGGGAGAGUUGAAGGAAGCGGGGAUCAGUCGCAAGGUUGCGAGAAGCAUCGGUAUUGCUGUUGAUCAUAGGCGGAGGAAUUUGAGUGAAGAGGGAAAGAAGCUGAACGUAGAGCGUCUGGCUGCAUACAAGACCCGCCUGAUCGUCUUCCCAAAGAAAGCAAGCAAGCCCAAGAAGGGUGAUGCCACCGGCGCUGACCUCGAAGCGAAUGUCGAACGCGGACCUAUUGCCCUUCCCCCUUCGUUUGUGCAUGAGGAGCCCCGUUCUAUUACUGAAGAGGAGCGGGAGUUCGAGGCUUUCCGUGCUCUUCGCAUUGCUCGUUCCGACCAGCGCAAUGCCGGUAAGAGGAAGGUUAGGGCGCAGAAGAAGGAGGAGGAGGAGGCAGCUAAAAAGAAAUGAGAUAGCAGAUCUCAUUUUUAUCGUUUGCAGGUGUAUGUCGAGAUUUAUGCCAGGACUACCAUGCAUGAGCGUUUCCCUG